AUGGAGGCUCGACAGCACCAGGCUAGAAGGGUGGUCGAGUACCAUCAGAACCACAUCGCUGACCAUUUGCUUCGCUGUGAGGGAGGCGAAGGCAAUGAGAGGCCUUUUCGUCACACCCUAUCGACAAGUGUGGAGCCACCACGGCGAAGGCGGCACGACAGAGAAGACCAGGAGUAUUUGGUGGAGACCCAUGUGCCUCCACGUCCUGGGCCUCUCAGCGUGAAGCCGCGCAUGGUGAAGCCUUUGGUCCGAUUGCGGAGACCAGGUGCUUUUACUCAGACCCCGCUAGGCGCUGCAGGUGCACUCACGGCCCGUCAGCCAAAGCGGCUGUUGUCGCCAAGACUGCCACCUUUGGUCUACGAAGGUAUCGACCGUUCCUUGGCCGGAAAGCGCUUGCCGGCCGCCUGGUUUGCAGAGCCGCUGAAGAUGCUGACAGGGCCCGAAAGGUCCCAGAGCAUCCAGGAGCCUUCUGCAGAUGAGGUGUGA